AUGCUUUCUUUGUACCAACCAAACUUUGGAUUCAAGAAUAUGGAGACGUUUCAUGCUUCAGCUUCAAACACCAAAACGAAAAGAAAAAUUACAGAGAAAAAUAGAAGAGAUCAGAUGAAGAAUCUCUGUAAUAAGCUUUACCGUCUUCUUCCAAGUGACAUCUCCAAGGGAUUGUGCCCACAGCCUGAUAAAAUAGAAGAUGCGACAUAUCACAUCAAAAGCAUGGAGAAGAAGCUGGAGGAUUAUCAGGAGAUAAAGAAGAAGUUGCUGCAUGGCAAAAGACCAUGUUCAUCUGCUUCAAGUGAAUCUAACAACAGCUCAACGUUAACUGAUGUUGAAGUUCAAGACAUAGGACCUGAUGCGAAUAUGAUUUUGAUAAGUGGGCUGGAAGAACAAGCUUCGUUUUAUGGCAUUAUUCGCCGGCUUCAUGCAGAAGGAUUUGAGGUUGUGACUGCUAACUUUUCCAACACCGGUACCUCGACGCUUCAAGUUGUUCAUGAGAAGGUCAGUAGUCAGGUUGGAGCAUCAACAUCUGGCAGUGAAACUACAGCAGUUUCCAAGAGGUUAAAAGAACUGAUCUAUGGCUAUCCACAGGGCGAAGUUGAAUCGAAACUGGACUUGUUGGACUUUGAAAUUGUACCUGAUCUGUUAACUUCUGACUUCUUUGGACCUUUUGCAACAGAAAAAUUUUGUUUUCUGCAGCAAUAUUGA